UUCGCUCAAGAACGUAACGUAGGUAUCCACCACUAUCCAAUUCGAAGGAAAAAGAAAAAUGAUGAAAAGAUGUGAAUUGGUGUUUGAAGCUUCAACAAGAGGAGGGUGUGAGGAGCACCCAUAUGAUAAGCAAUCACCAGGUGUUUGCUCCUCUUGCUUAAGGGAAAAGCUAUCUCAGCUAUACAACACAAACCCUAUUAUCGAUCCUCGUUGUUUUUCUUCUCCUUCUUCUCCUUCUUCGCCUCAUCAAUCUUUUUUUUCUUCGAAGCACGGUUCUUCCGGUCACCGGAGACCGCGCUUUCGGAGGAACGCUUCGCAAGCGGCGGAAUCUGCCUCGUGCAUGCUGAGCUUGAACUUGAAGAAGAGCAAGUCGCUGGCGUUUGCUUCGAGGAAUAGGGAGAGGGAUGUGAUGAUGAGUGGAAGGAAGAAAGAUGGGUUUUGGACAAAGGUGCUCAAACUCAAGAGAAAGGAUACACGGGCCUAAAGGGAAGGAAGAAACCGUGUUCAAUUUUUUUUUUCUUUUUCUUUCUUGUCCCAAAGGUGAUCAUGUUUAGCUGUAUCAUAAUUGAAGGAUGUUUCUGUUGUGGGUCGUUUCAGGAAUUUCAGAGUUCAUCUAAUUUGUAUUUCGAUUAUGAUAAUUAUGCAUCGUAUUAUUGUUUCACCCCCUCAAUGUUGAUUGGAUAAUUCUUGUAUUCUUUCUUUGGAAUGAACCAAUUAAUAAUAUGUGCAAAUAAAAUUGGAGUUUUUCUUUUUU